CAGCCUCUUCUGAGUCUCAAAAACCUGGGGCUGCUGCAGAAUGAGAAACGUGCCAGGCCAGAAACAACCCCGCUCCAGAGAGAGGAAAGACGCAAAGAUGAAGGUGUCGUACGUGGCCGCUUUCCUCAUCGGGCUCCUCUCCCUGGAGAGCCCCACAGCAGCUCCAUUGAAAAAGCAGUUGUGGUCGGUGGGCUCCGGUAGCGUAAACACCGGCAAUGUGGGAGAUGGCAGCUUUGACGACAACAGCCAAAACAACCAAUUCUGGUCAGUGGACUCCGGUAGUGUAAACACCGGCAACGUGGGAGAUGGCAGCUUUGACGACAACAGCCAAAACAACCAAUUCUGGUCAGUGGGCUCCGGUAGCGUAAAGACCGGCAAUGUGGGCGACGGCAGCUUUGAUGACAGCAGCCAAAACAACCAGUUCUGGUCAGUGGACUCGGGUAGCGUAAACACCGGCAAUGUGGGAGACGGCAGCUUUGACGACAACAGCCAAAACAACCAAUUCUGGUCAGUGGAAUCCGGUAGCGUAAACACCGGCAACGUGGGAGAUGGCAGCUUUGACGACAACAGCCAAAACAACCAGUUCUGGUCAGUGGGCUCCGGUAGCGUAAACACCGGCAACGUGGGCGAUGGCAGCUUUGAUGACAACAGCCAAAACAACCAGUUCUGGUCAGUGGGCUCCGGUAGCGUAAAGACCGGCAAUGUGGGCGAUGGCAGCUUUGACGACAACAGCCAAAACAACCAGUUCUGGUCAGUGGGCUCCGGUAGCGUAAACACUGGCAACGUGGGCGACGGCAGCUUUGACGACAACAGUCAAAACAACCAGUUCUGGUCAGUGGGCUCUGGUAGCGUAAAGACCGGCAAUGUGGGCGAUGGCAGCUUUGACGACAACAGCCAAAACAACCAGUUCUGGUCAGUGGGCUCCGGUAGCGUAAAGACCGGCAACGUGGGAGACGGCAGCUUUGACGACAGCAGCCAAAACAACCAAUUCUGGUCAGUGGGCUCCGGUAGCGUAGACACCGGCAACGUGGGCGAUGGCAGCUUUGAUGACAACAGCAAAAACAACCAAUUCUAGUCAGCGUACUAGGCUCCCAGAAACCCACCACAACAACUGCCCUGACGCUUUCUGUCCCGUGCUCUCACCCAUCUCAGCCUGAACAUGAAAAACACAGCACGCUCCGGUGGAAUUUGCUUUUGCCCUGUUCGAUGAUUUGACUGUAGGUCGCAGUUCUUACCCUUCCGUUGCCCCUCAAA